GAAGAAACAGUUCCUAAGAUGUCUGUGUUCCCAGCUGCAGGUGGUAUUCGCUGCUUUAUAUUCUCUCAGUUCCGUCAUUUCUCCAAGUCCAGACUACCAGUUAUAACCACAGACCCAUUCAACCCCAAUGUCAAUGAAGUGAUUGAUGUUCGCACACUGAAGGAAUUCAGAGAAGACCACAUUCCUGGAGCAGUAAAUCUACCCAUUCUGAGUGACACUGAGAGACAUGAAGUUGGCAAGUUGUAUUCACAGGACUCUUUUAAAGGACGAAUUUAUGGAGCUGAACUAGUGACUAAAAAUAUCAGUCAAAUGAUCCACGAAUAUCUGAUAAAGAAACCAAAAGAGUACUCUCCCCUGAUUUACUGUUGGAGAGGAGGUCAAAGGUCAUACAGUGUUGCCAUGGUGAUGGCACAGAUUGGUUUCGAUGUGUAUGUUUUAGAGAAGGGAUAUAAAACUUACAGAGAAAAGGUUAAAGAGUGCUUAAAUACGAUGCCAGUAAAAUUUACAUACAAGGUUUUAUCAGGACCAACUGGGUCUGGAAAAACCUUUCUUUUAUCCAAGUUGUCUGCUCUUGGUGAACAAGUAUUGGAUCUAGAGGGCAUUGCUAAUCAUAGGGGUUCAGUUCUGGGGGAAGAAAUCAAUGGAACUCAACCCUCACAGAAAUGGUUUGAAUCCCAGAUAGUAGAAAAUUUUCAAUCUUUUAAUCCGGAGAAGGUGGUGUGGGUAGAGUCAGAGAGUGUUAGAAUAGGCAAUGUACAUGUACCUCGAAGUUUACACUCAGAGAUGGGAAAAGCUCAGCAUUUUCGUAUAAACCUCCCAAUGGAAAAGAGAGUGCAACACAUCUUGAAAGAUUAUCCAGACUAUAUUGAAAAUUUUCAGUUUACAAAACAAAAACUUAUGAAACUUAAAAGUUAUCACAGUAAUUCUAAACUUAGUGAAUGGAUUGCACUCGGAGAGAGUGGUCAGUGGUCUCAGUUUGUGGAAGCCCUCCUUACAGAGCAUUAUGAUCCAAGCUAUAGUUUAUCACAGAGCAAGAACUUUAAAUCUCCUGCCACUGAUGUUUAUCUAGACAGUCUAGAGCCUGAGCAUGUGCAGUUAUUUCUUCACACUUUGACUUUAAAGGCAGAUAUGGAUAGCUUAAUUGUGGAUUUGGACAAAGUUUUAGAUGAUUUUGAGGCAGAAGAGACAGGAGGGAAGGGAUGUCCAGGACAGGAAACCAAACCGUCAGAUUUCUCCAGCUACGUGGCAUUGAAGAAUGACAGGCCCUGGGAGGAGCUCUCUAAUGUCGCUGGCAGUACUGACCCAUCAUGGACAGUUGGCUUAAAUCACACCAAUGAAAUGGCAGCCUAUGACAUCCCGUAUAGCCCGAGUGAUCAGUUCGACCUAUCAGAGGCAGACUUUGCCCCCGCCACAGAUUAUAAAACUGGGGUCUCAGAGAACGCUGCUAUGAAAGAGAAAGGGGCUGCCAAGCCUGCUCAUUUGGUAAUGAAUGGUGAUCACAAACUAGAUCUGAGUCAGGUCAUUACUAAUAGAUCUCAGGAUUAUAAGUACCCCAUACAGGCUCGGGAUGAGUUUACACCGGUGUAUGAGAACCAGCCAUUUCCUCCAGACCUGGCUCAUGCUAUCUCAAAUGGGGUCAACAAGUCAAACCUAACUUACAUUCAAGAGAUCGGUGAGAAAUCCGAGGAAUUAAAACCUUCAUCUCAGUCUUACACUUACAAUACAGGGAUCUACACCCCACCUAGGAUAAAAUCUCACCAACAUGUGGUGCCUACAACCUAUCCCUCUGUUGAUAAUUCCAUUGACUCUGGUGUUAACAGUAUAGACAGCAACACGACCCUAUCCCCUACAAACUUAAUGCUGCGACCAAUGCCAGUUCAUGCUGGAAACUUCAUCCAGACACAGGAUGUGAGGGAAGUCGGUAGUACUUCACAAACACAAAGUCAUGAAGCACUGGCCAGACAGGAAAACUUCAGGUCAGUGAAUCCACAGGCUCCGCAUAUAGUGGACAACAGUGAAAAACGGACUGGAUCUAGUCAUAACACAGAUAAUGAGGUAAAGGUUUUCAACCAAAAAUCUAUCUCUGGUUCUGAGCCGAGGUUUGACGUGAAUGAUACAGAGGGCAGGCCAUCAAAUAGGACAGAUUUGUCUGGAGGAUCAGAUGGACAGGUUUCAAGUGCAAUCAGUAACAGGCAUCCAUACAUUGAGGGUGGAGAGAGUUCUAGUAAUGAGCACAGUUUGAAUGAACAAAGUAUAAUGUCAUGUGAUAACACAGAAAGGAAUCAGGAUUCUUCAUCAGUGCCACAUGAUAUCAAUUCUACAGAGCCAAAAAACGUCAUGAUACAACCUAAUACAGCACUAGAAGUGAAGGGAAGUGUCUGUGAUCCUGUAGCCUCGGACAGCCCUAUUGGUCUGUCUGACACAGUGGAACCCCCCAGUAAUGAGGGACAAUUGACUUUAGAACAAGAGAAUAGUAAAGAAAGUGUACCUGUAGAUAGCAGCAAGAUCAGUUUAAACAGUGAGCUGGCAACUUUGGAUUCACCAUCAACAGUGGGAUUCAGUACUGUAACUACGAAUUCUAAAUCAGCGGUGGGAUUCUGUGAUGCUGAAGUAGACAUAUCAGACAUGGACAAUUAUCUGGGGGAUGUUAGUGGUAACAUAGAACCUGAUGGGCAGAAUGCAAGUGUUCAUCCAGAAGAACCUUUGAUCCACACCUCAGAUUUCACAGAUUCUACUCAAACACAAUUACAACAAAGUGAGACGGAGAGUGAAAAUGUGAGGACUGAUAAAGUGAUUCAGCCUGUUAGUUGUGAUGAAAAUGUUGCUGGGGAAAGGCUGGAUUUACUAAACAAUGGCCAAGAAACAGUGAGCGAACAAAUCUCUCAGGGUGAUGAAUUUACUACCGAAAAUUCUGAUAUACAAAAUGAAUCAACUACCAGUUUAGGAGACCAGGAUCUAACGUCUUUACCUCCCAAUAUGGGUGCUCGUCCUAAAGAGCCCCAACAACCAAUGGCUACCCCUCCAAAUGAACCACCAAAGGCAUUAGAGGCUCAACCAAAGGAAUUCACAGAUUCAACUGUUCAUAGUGAGCAAAAUACAAAAGAGAACUCAUUAGUGCAAAGUGAACAAGUGGUCAACAAAUAUGACUCAUGUGUUCAGAACAAUGACUCAGUGGAAGAGAUGGACCCAGAUCUAGCAGCAGCCAUUGCACUGUCACUGCAGGAAAGUGGGUUAGAAGGGGCUGUAAUGAGGCAUCCUGGGGAUAAUGGUCAGUUGGUGGACCGUCCCCACUCCUGGGGUCCAGGGGAUGGAGGUACUCAUCAACAGAGGAGGCCUAAUAGUCUAAACCUCCCCCCGAGAGGAGAACAUGGUCAUGAGAGGUCAUCCGCUCCCUAUACAUUCCCCUACCCCAAUAAUUCAGAGACCAGUCCAGAAGUGGAUGGAGAUCCAGAGAUCAGGGCUUCACAAGAUAACCCACAGGAUCUGAACACAUUGUCUGAAGACAUUAUACCAAAUGAGGAACCUGUUGGGGCAGGAUAUAAUCCCUCAGGGGUGGGGCGGGUGGCUCCCCGAUGGAUCCCGGACAGUGAAGCACCUAACUGUAUGGGAUGUGAGAUGAAGUUUACCUUCACCAAGAGGAGACACCACUGUAGAGCAUGUGGAAAGGUCUAUUGUUCAACGUGCUGUAAUUUAAAAAGUCGUCUCCCUUACAUGGAUAACAAAGAGGCCCGCGUGUGUGUUCCUUGUCAUCAAAUGAUCGAAGCAGAUUUGUGCAAUGAAGCGGAUCAAGGCAUGGCAUCAGGCACAGGUGAACGACCUUUAACCUCUCCCCCCACAAGUGUACUCAAGCGAGAUGGUUCCCAAAGAAGACAUGAGCCAAAACAGGUGAUGUUUUCUGAUGGAAUUCGACCUGGUGGUGAUUUGACAGAGCUUGAUGGUUCAAACCAGGCGUCCUCCCGACUGCCAUUGCGCCGAUCCCAGAGAAGUCAGAAACGAGUAGACAAGACCAGUGCAGAUGGAGGAGGGAGACGAGUGCGCUCAAGUGAGACUCAAAGAACUCAGUGUUUGAUUCCCGAGUCAGGGCUACCUCCAGUUGUUAUGACUCUGAAGUCUAAUGAAGAGGUAACACUUGAAGAAAAUCCCUCUAUGGAGAAGUACUUACCACAAAUAAAAGAUGAAAAUGCCAACCCAUUGACCUUUGCCCUUUGUUCCAAUCUUCAUGUUUUGACAAAGAUAUUGACCUUGGACUGUUGUGUAAAUCGUGUGUGUUGGAGUUUUACGACACAGGGAAUGUGUACUGUGGGGCAGGAUGAGAUUGUCAUUAUUCUGGAAUGCCUCCCAGACGAGGACAUGAUUCCUGUUGAUGUGUUCAGACAUUUAUACUAUGUCUAUGAGGAGGCUGGGAAAGGUAACACAGUUUCAGACAUGGGGCAUUCAAUAUUUACACAGACAUUCCUAGAUGACAGAGACCAUGGAGGAUUUUUGUAUAUAAAGCCGACCUUCCAGUGUCUACAUAAACUUGUACUCCCCACACCUCCAUAUUUAUUUGGGAUUCUUCUACAAAAGUGGGAAAUGCCCUGGGCCAAAGUCUUUCCUAUACGCCUUCUGUUGCGGCUUGGGGCAGAAUACAGAUACUAUCCUUGUCCAUUGAUCAGCAUUCGAAAUCGAAAACCUGUCUUCUUUGAGAUAGGACAUACCAUAAUGAAUCUCCUGGCUGACUUCCGAAAUUUCCAGUACAUGUUACCCCAGAUUAAAGGAAUCACAAUACACAUGCAGGACAAACGGACAACAAUCAAUUUCCCACGUAAUCGAUAUGAAGAUCUUAUGAAGGUGGUUGAAAAUAGCAACGAGCAUGUGAUGGCUAUAGGAGCAUGCUUUAGUACGGAGGCCGACUCCCACUUGGUGUGUAUCCAGAAUGACGACGGAAAUUAUCAGACCCAGGCCAUCAACAUACAAAACAAGCCCAGGAAAGUGACAGGAGCCAGUUUUGUUGUCUUCAAUGGAGCCCUGAAACCCAGCUCUGGACUGAGAGCCAAGUCCAGCAUCGUGGAGGAUGGACUAAUGGUUCAGAUUACCCCUGAGUCAAUGGCGGCACUUAAACAGUCCAUUAAGGACAUGAAGGAGUUUACUAUUGGGUGUGGUCCUCUGUCCUCACAGUCUCCAGAGGAAGUGGUCCUCAUUCAGUGGGUCAGAGAGGACAAACACAUCAAUCUUGGAGUAAAGAGUCCCAUAGAUGGUAUGCCAAUGGACGGCAUCACCAGUGUCCAUAUUCCCCAUGCCACGGACUACGCUGGGGAACAUCGUGUCAUCAGAUGGACAGAUGUCUUCUUCAUUGAGAACAAAGAUGGUGGAUCUCGUGAACCAGUGGAUGUCAGUCAUAUGGCAGAGACACUGGCCAGUGCUGCAUGUAUUGCUCUCACCCCACGUCUGGACCAGUUAAAAGAGGCAGGCCUUGUUAAGCUGGGACUCCGUGUGUCACUGGAAUCCGAUAAGGUGGGAUAUGACAUUGGAGCCAAUGGAGAAAAAUUACCGGACAUUUAUAUGAAUGACCUUGACAACGAGUUAAUUCCUGUCAUUCACAGUGCGGUCCCUCUCUGUCGAGGAGGAUCAGUGGUCUUAGAGCUCAUAUUUCACAUUCUGGAGUGAACACAAGGGUUCCCUGGAUUCAUUUACUAUCAGUUUGUCAUACUGUUGUGAUAUUGAUAAAACUAGGUCAGAGCAUUGUUAUCUCAUUAACUAAACAUUUUAGUUAUAUUCAGUGUGUAAGGCUCUUAAAAUGGCUGGAACAUGUAACAGUUUACAUGUAUUUUUGUCUGUCUGAAGUUCUUAAUGUAUAGGUUUUAUUUAUUCAGAAAAUUUUAUAAAGAAAUAUAUUUCUGGCCAUUUUGCAUUGUACAUUUUUAUAGUACAUUGUACAUAUAAAUGAUGGUUUGUACAUGCUUAAUAUCAUUAUCUACAUGUUGAUAAGUUAACAAAUUACAAAGAGAAGAAAGAACAAAUUUUUAUUUCUGUAUUAUGUAUACAUCUUGUAUGAUCUAUAAUCAUUUCCAAAAAAGUUUAAUUUAUACGUAAUUUUAUAAGUACAGUCUAUCAAGAGAAUAUAAUAUACAUGUAGUUCGUACUGAAUGGUAUUCAAGAAGAAAAUGUGUGCACAACAAAUUAUGGUAUCUUAAAAUGACACUGAUUGAUGUGUCACAUUGUAGAGGUUGUGACCCAUCUUUGUCAAAAACAAAAAAACAAACACAAAAAUGAAAAAUAGUUGCUGAUUUGCCCAUUUUGUCAGUCAUAAACAUUUGUUGUUAAACAUUUCAUAUUUCAGGGAUUCCCUAUAUUUUUAUUUAUCAAAACUGUCAUUUUCCCUAAGUUCAAGUUUUUAGGAUUAUUUUCAGAGUGUUCUUUGAGUGUCUAAUGAAGGAGUAGUUAUAUUUAUUUGCUGCAUUUUUUUUUGUUUGUUUGUUUGUAUUUUUUUGGCAAUACUCUUUCAGCAUUUUAAAAAUAUGAUGUCAUAUAUGGUAACUGACAGUCGUUUAUUUAUUGCUUAGCUAAAUUUCAGUAUGUUAUUUGUGUCAAUGAUUUUAUUUUGUGAAAGUUAAAAAAAAAAACUGCAUUUUGAAAAUAAUACUAUUGAAAACAUGCAUAUUGUAUGUAAUGAAAUAUUUAUUUAGCUUGUAAGCUUUUGUUAAACAUAAAAUCAUAGUAAUUGUUGGAGAGAUUUAUUGUAAUUUGUUAUUGGUGUAUAAAAUUGUACAUGUAUGUACGACAGUCUUACCUUGGUAUGAGGUGUGAAGUUAUCCACAAUAAAGAGAUAUUCUACCUACA